CCCCGUUCCUGAGGUGCCUAUUGAUGCUUACUCACCUCUGUUCCUGUUCCUGCUCAUAUUCCCAUUCAUGUUCAUCUCCCUGUUCAUGUUCAUGUUCCCAUUCAAAUUCCCGUUCCAGUCCCCGUUCCUGUCGCCGCUCCUGCUGCUGCUGCUCCUGCUCCUGUCUCCGUCCCCGUUCCUGUUCCUGCAUAUGCCUGUGCCUGUGCCUGUGCCUGUCCAGCUCUCUCACUGCAUCUGUCUCCUAGCGGCUCAUGCAGGCACCAGCCAGAAAUGGCCAGGCCAGAGAGAGUCUCGUCGUCGUGUCGUCGUGGCAGGCAGGAGAGCAACGUGUUCGCGGCCCCCCCACCCGCGAAGCGAAGCGACCAAGUCAAAGCCGGAGUUCACUACGGCUCCUUACAGCUUAGCCGGCCUCCCCCCCUCCUUCUUCCUUCUUCCUUCCUUCUUCGUUGAGCUACUAGCAAUUUCAUGAGACGUCGUGAUUGGCUAACGCUGGGGCUUGCCACGGCUUUUCGCUUUCGAGAU